UCGAUCCAAUCUUUUCUGUGAGUCAAGUCAAGUACCGGAAAGAUUCUAGCCACUGUGUCGCAAAAUGCUAGCAAAGUGGAGCUCCUUGGGCGCUUGGUUCCUCGUUUGUGAGCUUGUUCUCUCCAUCGCCAGUGCGCAAAUCCAAUUCCCUCCAGACAUCCCCAACAAGGACACAGUCCCUGGAGUGAUCUACUUCAACACCGCCAGAACCACUCGAGGCAGCCCAUUCCUCAAGAAUCUGGAGCUCGUCAUCCGCUUCCUCUACUCCUCUACUCCCCCCGAUGGAUUUGCGACAUGUCUCGGCUAUGGCGAGUUUCCCGACACCGCCUACGCGCACUCGGCUUGCUACGGCAUGGCGGACCAGCAGGGCUGCUCGGACUGUAUCAAGCACACCUACACGGACAUCCAGCAAGUAGCUCCUCUCACCGUCGGCGCUCGCUACUGGAUCAACGGCACCGACGACCGCUGCCACUUGCGCUUCGAGGCCUACAGCUUCCGGAAGGAGCUCGUAUCAUCCGGUACUCUGGGUGUCUUGGGUCCGAAUGGAACUACGCCUUAUAGUCCUGAUCUUGCGAGUGAUCCAAAAACUUUCGGUGGCAAGACAGUCAAGCUCCAUGUCUGACUUGGAAACGUUGGAGUCAUCCAAAGAAUAAAUGUGAGUUACGCGUCUACGUACGUACAAGUUUGUCUAUCAUGCUUGUAUCUGUCAAGAGAAUUUUCUGUGUUCCACUA